AGCACCUGUGGCCUCUCGUCCUGGUGGCAGGUGCGGGCAGGAAAGAGCUGCAGUGUUCGCGCUUGGUAGCUGGUGUACCCGGCACCUCCGGCUGGCUUGGUGUCCCUGAGGCUCAUCGAAAAAGACUUUCUCGGCCCUCAGUCUCCAGAGAAAGAGAGAGAUACACUUUUUUGUGAUCCCCGACCUUGAUCCCUGCAGAGGCUGAGCGAUGGCGUCCAUGGGACUACAGGUGCUGGGAAUCUUCUUGGCAGUCCUGGGCUGGCUGGGAGUCAUCCUGAGUUGUGCGCUCCCUAUGUGGCGGGUGACCGCCUUCAUCGGCAGCAACAUAGUCACGGCACAGACCAGCUGGGAGGGCCUGUGGAUGAACUGCGUGGUGCAGAGCACCGGCCAGAUGCAGUGCAAGAUGUACGACUCGAUGCUCGCCCUGCCUCAGGACCUGCAGGCCGCCCGAGCCCUUAUGGUCAUCAGCAUCAUCGUGGGUGCUCUGGGGAUGCUUCUUUCAGUGGUAGGGGGCAAGUGCACCAACUGCAUGGAGGAUGAGACCGUCAAGGCCAAGAUCAUGAUCACCGCUGGAGCCGUGUUCAUCGUGGCAGGCAUGCUGAUUAUGGUGCCCGUGUCCUGGACCGCUCACAACGUCAUCCGCGACUUCUACAACCCUCUGGUGGCUUCCGGGCAGAAAAGGGAGAUGGGGGCCUCGCUUUACAUCGGCUGGGCAGCCUCCGGGCUGCUGUGCCUGGGAGGAGGCCUCCUCUGCUGCAGUUGCCCACCUCGCAGCAACGACAAGCCCUACUCGGCCAAGUACUCCGCCGCCCGCUCUGUCCCCGCCAGCAACUAUGUGUAAGGUGGGCCACUCUAUGUCCACACUGCCUUUGUUAUUUUUCUCGGAUUGAGCUCAUAACAGCCUAUGGCCCCUCGUAUUCUCCAGGACCUGCUCUGCCUUGGGCCACUGACUGCUUGCUAGGGAAGGGCAAACCCGGACCGUGCUAAGUUACUAGCCUUUGGGGACCCUACCUGCCCCACUUGGACACACCUCAAGGCUUCUUACUCCGGCAAGGGUGGAUGUAAAAAUAUUUCCUUGUUGCUUACAUCCAAAUUGCUCUUGGAUACGGGGCUGAAGCCAGAAGCAGCUGCGAACAUCCGUGGAGCUGGGUCCUGCUGGCCGGGAUAGCUCAGCUGUGACUUUGGACUCCGGAGUGGAUGUCCUCGUGUUAGCAAACGUCCACUGUCCUUUCCCUAUCCCCCUCUCUCAGCCUUCACGUUACUCCAGCGCUACCCUUGCCAUUACACCCCGAGAUUCCGAGCACACACGGUCCUACCUGGAGUCUUGGUGUGCUGAAUGACUGACUGAGGGGCCAUUUGAGAGCUGAUGGGUUCUGCUCGUGGAAUCCUCCCCGUGAUUAGAAAUGACUGGGGCCUUAUCCACCCACCUACCCUCCUAAUGAAGUUCUGUGGAGUGGAUGGACGGGUUUGAAGGAAGAAGGGUGGAGGUGGAUUAAACUGGUUUGGGGGGUGCUGGGACUGGGUACUUAGAAGCAGCCCAGGGUGUCCCACCCCUUUCCCAUACUGUCUUGCUAACUGCUCUGAUCUCUGUGCACUGGCUCCCUCCUCAGAAGGACCCUGGGCCUCUUGAAUGGGCCCCUCUGAAUUCACUCCGCUUGUCCGUUUCAAGGACACCGGCCAGUCUGUGGAAGGUACAGGGGUGAUGGCAUUGCACCAGGGAGUCUCCUGGACUCCCCUGCCUUCUCUGUGGUUUCUUGUUUUGUAAUUUAAGGUCUAUUCACAGCUGUAAUUAUUAUUUUCUACAAUAAAUGGCACCUGCAUACAGGAAA